AUGGGAGCAUAUAAGUACCUUGAGGAGCUCUUUAAGAAAAAACAGUCAGAUCUUCUGCGUUUUAUGCUGCGUGUGCGAUGCUGGCAAUUUCGCCAACUCAAUGCUAUCCAUCGAGCAUCUCGCCCCACACGCCCUGACAAAGCACGUCGCUUAGGAUACAAAGCUAAGCAAGGAUAUGUUAUUUACCGUGUUCGUGUGAGGCGUGGUGGACGCAAGCGUCCAGUACCCAAGGGUGCCACUUAUGGUAAACCCACCAACCAAGGUGUGAACCAACUGAAGUUUCAGAGAAGCUUGAGAUCUGUCGCUGAGGUAAGCAAAUUGUGCAUAUUAAUUUUGUUCUGAGUAUUAUAAUACUUAUGGCUGUGCUCUAGCAGUGCCCAGUGGCCCAUAGCUCCUAAUAAUUAUUGCUCAUGUGUGACUAGAAAAUCUUAGUUUUCGCAUAGCAAUCAUAUGCUGCUCUGGAUUUCACCAGUUCAGAAUACUGGCCUCCCUUCAAUUUUUUUAGAGCACAUCCUUGAUACUGUCUCAUAAAUCACUCUUUUAACCCAUUUACAUCUGAGCCAUCUAUAACCCCCUGUGUGGAUCCAUGUCUGUUGUACUACCUAUGACAUCAUCAGGGUAUUGUGUUGGGAAAAGGGAUUUUUCAAACCAUAUCCAAAUGAGUAUACUUCAGUCAACAGGCCAUACAAAAAUGCAUAAAUGCAAGUUGACACAAACAUUCCACUGAAAAUCUCAUUUUUCCACCCAUAUGCUUUUCCUUGAAACUAACGUCACAAUCAUGACCCUUGAGGUUUUCCGAAAAAGCUUUUCCCACCAAAAUAAAGCCUAGUACCGCACUGUUGAGAAGUGUAAUGUCAUCCAUGUCUAAUACUCUUCACAAAACUUCUGUUGUGAAAUCUAGAGUCCAGUUGAGUUUUCGGAAGCUUGGACAGUCUUUCUUUUUGGCCAGAUGGUGACCAGAAUUUGGCUUGUCUAGCCCCAAAAGAUUUUUUAGGAGAAUUUCUAGGGGGUGAACAAGGCUGCAAAUUAUUUUUUUAAUAAGCAGGUAAUUUGUCAGGUCAGAGGCCAGAGCUGACUUUAGAAUAGGAGAAGAUAGAUAGAUAGUUUAUUCAGCUUAGAAACUUGCAGCCAAGAGCUGAAUUGCGAUAAGGUUUACAAAUGCAAUAAUAAACUGUACUAAAUUACAACUAAUUAAUAAAAUCCUUUACAACUAAUAAAAGAAAGAUGGUCCAACAUAAUUUACAAUUUUAAAACUGUUAUAAAAUCACAAAUUUCAAAAGCACGCUUCGAGUUCCUAUAUACAAUAAGAAAAAAAUUAUAUCUAGUUCUCAGCUUCUGUGAACAUAACUUAAAAGAAAACUUACAAGGAGCACAGUCUGGUGAGGCAAAAAAAAAAAACAGUCAGGGAGGCAAAGACUGAAAUUUCUAGCAUAUCCCCCGCUUAUCAGGGAACAAGAAAAAUGGAGUGAUUAUGAGCAAUAGCGUCAGUCCAGUUUUUCCUGUGGGUUGGGGGUCUGAGGGUUUCAAAUGACUGGUGCAUUAGUUUCUGACAGUCAAAUGUGUGUUUAGGCAUGGUAACAGAAAAAGGUUCUGCCACAAGCAUCGGUAAAUUUAUAUAUAAAUAAAAGUAAAUUUUGAUAAAAAGUGCCCAGUCAGAGUGACAGACAAUACUAAUUUUUCGCCUGUCAAAACUUCAAGUUUAGCCGACAAAUGUCCUAUAAUCGACUGUUAUUUGCAGGCUUGGGUGAUUGAAAUAGCAAUGAAACCUCCACUGUUGUAACAAACAUUGUUUAAAGAUUUUGAGGUCUAAAAUCUGUUCAAUACCCAAUCUUCCAGCCACACUUCGGGUUGAGCCCUUUGACAUCACACACAUAUUGCCAUGUUGCGUUAAUGGUAUUUUCAAACGUUGCAGCAGCCAUGAUUCCAUUUUUUGGCGCUUUUUGAGAAGAUUGUCACAGGGUUUGAAAACUCUUUGGAUUUUCAAAACUUUGUGUUACUGAAAGUAUUUUGUUGGUAAACAAAAGUGUACCUUUUUGAAAUGAAUGUCUCCUUUAUUACAUAGAGGAUAUUACAUGCUGGCACAAAGAUAUGAAUUUUAUUAUAUACACUCCCAGCUCAAACUUUAUCAUGAACUGCUGUAGUUAGUUGGCAGGAUUUUCUUAAAGUUCUCUUCUUUCAUCUUCACUUGUAAGGAAUUUCUUGAAUAAUUUAAGUUGUACAAAGUUUUCUUCCUCAUAUCAACAUUCCCCUGCUCCUUAGAGGAAGAUGUUCUGUCAGCUCAGGGCUUCAGAUAACUUCACAAAUCUAUCACUUGCCAUUUUUCUCUUAGUAUUUGGUAGCAACAGUUUGAACGGGAAAUGACUUCAUCGAUAUCCUCAAUAGUGAGGAUAUGGAAAAAUAAUAUGCUACUCGAGUCCUGGAUGUAGUUUCGUAUGAACUAAUUUUAUGAGAGAAUAUUUUCUACUAAAACACUCUUGUCUAUAUAAUAAACACAUAAUAAAUACAGCUUCAUUUCAGCGAGAUGGAGCUUUACCAGGAAAUUAUAACUUUUUAUCUUUCUUUUUAUCUUGAUACAUGUAUAUCUCAUAAAUUUAUACCUAUAUGAAGCUGGUCUUUUGAAAAUGUUACUGCUAAAAUAGACCUCUUCUGUCUUGUCUCCAAAGGAUCAAAAACUAAUAUAAAAACUUAAAGUGCAACCAUUGCUUUUUCCUCUGCUCCUCUUUUCUUUCCUUUUGGUCUCCCUAGUUUUUGUUUCCUUUUCCUUGAUAAGUGUGAUUUUCGGGCCUGUCAGAUGCAAAAAGACUAACUAGCCUUUUGGCCUCUUUUUACUCAAAUUGCUGCAAAUCUUGAUAGGUUUGUUUUCAAAAAUCCAGGUAAAUCCAUAUUCAUGCGCAGUUGUACUCACCCAUACAGAUGGGCUUAUUAUUCAUUUUAUGUUUUGUAAAAGUUGGUGUGCUAUCUUAAAAUGAUUUUGCCGAUGUAGAUGUAAAUGUAGACAUGUUGUUACCCAUAAGUAGUCAGCAAACUGUUGUGUAUAUUCACUGAUUUGCGUUACACUUGUGGUAAAGUAAUCAAGUUGUAACUCUGGCUUUUGAGAUCCUUGUCUUAAGGUUCUUGAAUGCAACUGAGUGCUGCUUGUUUCUUUCUUCCUUGCUGCAAAUGCAUGUGUUCUCUCUGUUCACAUGCUUUGAGAAGAAAGGUAACAUGAGCAUUAACAGUCUUUGCAAAGGCUAACCUUUAAUAUGAAGUUAAUCCAUUCACCCCUGGGAAUUUUACCAAAAAAAUGCAUCUUAAAGCUAGUGGGGCCAUCUGGCUAUUAAGAGCUAAAACGUACCAAAGUACUGAUUCCAGGUUAUGCACUUCACCUUCUGUUCCAGAUGCAAAAUAUCAGCUUCACAUUCCCAGUCAUGCACCAAAAGCAACAAUGUAGUUUUUGGGUUUAAAAGUGACACAGCAGUCUUGACUUUUUCCUUUCUCUUUCCCUUCUCAAAAUCGAAAUCCUUUGCUGAUGAAAUAAAUAUAGGAAUAGUUUUGAUCUUUGAAUUUAGCACGAAUUCAUCACUAUUUCAUUGUGGCCUUAUGUGAGCAAAUUUUUAGAGAAGGGUUUGAUACCUGCUGACGUUUGUCACCAGAGAAGCUGAUAACAGGAAGAAGAUAGUGUUGAACAAAAUCCAACGAAAUUCUCUUUCCUUCAGGAGCGUGCUGGUCGAUACUGUGGCAGCUUGCGGGUGCUUAACUCGUAUUGGGUCGCCCACGAUUCCACAUACAAGUACUUUGAAGUUAUAAUGGUAGAUCCAUUCCACAAAGCUGUCCGCCGUGACCCCAGAAUCAACUGGAUCUGCAAACCAGUCCAUAAGCACCGUGAGUUGCGUGGCUUGACUGCCGCUGGCCGUAAAAACCGUGGAAUGCGCAAGGGUCAUAGGUUCAACAAGGUGAUUGGCAGCUCCCGUCGCGGUUCCUGGAAGAGGCGUAAUACGCUGUCUCUCCGUAGAUACCGUUGA